ACUGAGAAGUCACUUCACACGAACUGUGACUUUGUAGCACACCUGGCUUCCACUGAAGGACAGAGGACAACUUUAAGGGUGGACGUUCUGGAGGACAAGCAUGGAGGACCGGGAGGGGAAAGGUCCAAGUGGGAAUAAUGGAUUAAGACAGCUCACAACGAGUCCUCAUCAUGUUCCUCCAAAAAAGAUUCAGUCCUGGUUCCGGUUCCUGCUCCUGCUGUGUGUGGCAAUAUUUUUCCUGUGUUACAUCCAUUCCAUGCAAUUUCCAUCCUGGUGGGAGAACUCUUUCCUCCGUGAGCACUACCAGAGGUUCAUGAAUCACACCUAUCAGGCCAAACUCCCUCCUUCUUACCAGGUCCACCCAAAGCAUCUAUUUAAAGUAAACGAGGAAGUACCUAAGACCACCGUAGCCCCGGUAAUAGCGGAGCUUCAGUACCACCAGGCCUACCCUCGGAACUAUCGUUUCAUUAUUGAUGUUGCCGACGUGUGCAAGAACAACACGCCUUUUCUGAUGCUCAUAGUUCCUGUGGCACCUGGAAAUGUGGAAGCCCGGGACGCCAUCCGCCACACAUGGGGCAAAGAGAAUGUGGUCCAGGGCCAGACGGUCCAGACUUUCUUUAUGCUGGGCCUGGCUGGAGGUGCGGUGCAGCAGCAGAAGCUGCAUCAGGAGAACGAGCUGCACCAUGACCUGAUUCAGAGCAACUUUGCAGACACUUAUCUCAAUCUCACCAUCAAGACCAUGGUCAUCAUGGAGUGGUUGGCCACGCGCUGCCCGACGGCCACUUACGCCAUGAAGGUGGACUCGGACAUGUUCCUCAACAUCAACAACCUGGUCUUGAUGCUGCAACGACCGGGUAUCCCCAAAAGCAACUACCUGACAGGGAUGAUCAUGUGGGACAUACCAGUCAUCCGCGACAAGAGCUCCAAGUGGUACGUCCCUGUGGAGCUUUACCCAAAUCCCAAAUACCCCACGUACGCUCUGGGUAUGGGGUACGUUUUCUCCAACGAUCUCCCACCCAAGUUUGUGGAGAUCUCCAAAACCAUCACGCCGUUCAACAUUGAGGACGCUUACAUUGGAAUGUGUAUGAGCAAGUUGGGACUGUCGCCAACGCCACCGCCAGAUAGUUCGCAGUUCCGAGCCUACAACACCCACUACAAUCGCUGUGAAUACUCAAGGAUCAUCACCUACAUCCUGUCCUCGCCUCAGCAGCUGGUCAACUACUGGGUGGACCUCAAGAGUAAUCCGGGACCGCCUUGUUGAAGAAUAUAGAAGAGUUCAUGUGAAUCUCAAUGGAAGUAUACACAGUGAAGCACUUUCAGACAUGGCUUCCAACACAACAGGGCAGGAGACGGGAGUCUCAGGUGUUUAACUUUACUCUCCUGGAAUACGUAUUCCAGGAAAAAUUAGUUGAAAAGACGUCAUGUCCAUAUGUUGAAAGAAUUUGGUUGAAAAGUGAAAGUGAAAGGCCGAUGAAAAGACAUCUCCAUAAAGAAGUCCCUUUGCCAUCUAAAUGUGGUUGGAAAGUGAACAUAAUUUAAACCAUCAAUUGUUAGAAAUCAUAAAUUCAGGACUGAAUUCUGAAAUGACAUGAUUUUAACAAAAAAGUAUGAAACAUGUAUUGGUGUUAAUUACACCAAUAGGAAUAGGCCAUUCGGAGCCGAAGUAGCGAGCAACUGUUGAACAACUGACGGUUGUAAUAUUGCAGAGCACACAGGCAAUCAGAUUGUUAUUUUUGCUGAAGUUGUCACUAAACACUUUUCUUUGAUACUUCAUCCAAUACUUCCCUGACACCUGAGUUGUCCCUUUGUGUGGUCCUUCUGUACAAACAAUGUUUGAUAAAAGAAUAUUCGUAAGCAAUUUUAGUUUUUUCAAACUCAGAUAUGGAUGGAUGGAUCAUUAAUUUUGUUUAACAACAACAAAAUAAUAAUACAAUUGCACCAUCCCCCAUUACAUACAGUGCAACAUUGGACCCAUAAGAGAAGUGGUCUUUUGAUUUUGUUAGUAUGAUGGUAGAGGAAGUGUUCAUGAAUGAGGAAGGUAGCAUGAAGAAGUAUUUUGGCACACUAUAACCAAAAUGGGUUAUAUGCGGAAGAUCUCCAUCAUGGAACACCACCCGAAUUCCAAUUUCUAUUUUUGGGCUAAAUUUGGACCAAAUCGGACGGACUAAAGAAAGCCAAAUUUUCAACAUAUAUUUUUGUGCUAAAGUUGGACCUAAUCGGAUAAACUCAACGCAAUUUUUAACGUCUAUUUUUGGGCUACAUUUGGACCAAAUCAGAUGGACUAAACACUACCCAAAUUUUCAACGUCUAUUUUUGGGCUACAUUUAGACCAAAUCAGACAAACUAAACUCAACAAGAUUUUCAAUGUCUAUUUUUGUGCUAAAUUUGGACCAAAUCGGAUAAACUAAACCCAAUUUUCAAUGUCUAGUGUUUGGCUAAAUUUGGACUAAAUCUGACAGACUAAACUCUACCCAAUUUUCAACGUCUAUUUUUGGGCUACAUUUAGACCAAAUCAGACAAACUAAACUCAACCCAAUUUUCAAUGUCUAUUUUUGGGCUACAUUUGGACCAAAUCGGAUGAAUUCAACCCAAUUUUCAACGUCUAUUUUUGGGAUACAUUUGGACCAAAUCAGAUGGACUCAACUCAACCCAAUUUUCAAAGUCUAUUUUUGGGCUAAAUUUGGACCAAAUCGGACGGACUAAACAAAGCCAAAUUUUCAACAUAUAUUUUUGUGCUAAAGUUGGACCUAAUCGGAUAAACUCAACGCAAUUUUUAACGUCUAUUUUUGGGCUACAUUUGGACCAAAUCAGAUGGACUAAACACUACCCAAAUUUUCAACGUCUAUUUUUGGGCUACAUUUAGACCAAAUCAGACAAACUAAACUCAACAAGAUUUUCAUUGUCUAUUUUUGUGCUAAAUUUGGACCAAAUCGGAUAAACUAAACCCAAUUUUCAAUGUCUAGUUUUUGGCUAAAUUUGGACUAAAUCUGACAGACUAAACUCAACCCAAUUUUCAACGUCUAUUUUUGGCCUACAUUUGGACCAAAUCAGAUGGACUAAACACUACCCAAAUUUUCAACGUCUAUUUUUGGGCUACAUUUAGACCAAAUCAGACAAACUAAACUCAACAAGAUUUUCAAUGUCUAUUUUUGUGCUAAAUUUGGACCAAAUCGGAUAAACUAAACCCAAUUUUCAAUGUCUAGUGUUUGGCUAAAUUUGGACUAAAUCUGACAGACUAAACUCUACCCAAUUUUCAACGUCUAUUUUUGGGCUACAUUUAGACCAAAUCAGACAAACUAAACUCAACCCAAUUUUCAAUGUCUAUUUUUGGGCUACAUUUGGACCAAAUCGGAUGAAUUCAACCCAAUUUUCAACGUCUAUUUUUGGGAUACAUUUGGACCAAAUCAGAUGGACUCAACUCAACCCAAUUUUCAAAGUCUAUUUUUGGGCUAAGUUUGGACCAAAUCGGAUAAACUCAACCCAAUUUUCAAAGUCUAUUUUUGGGCGAAAUUGAGACCAAAUCGGAUGGACUUAACUCAGCCUAAUUUUUAACGUCUAUUUUUGGGCUACAUUUGGACCAAAUCAGACGAACUAAACUCAACCCAAUUUUCAAUGUCUAUUUUUGGGCUAAAUUUGGACCAAAUCGGACGGACUAAACAAAGCCAAAUUUUCAACAUAUAUUUUUGUGCUAAAGUUGGACCUAAUCGGAUAAACUCAACGCAAUUUUUAACGUCUAUUUUUGGGCUACAUUUGGACCAAAUCAGAUGGACUAAACACUACCCAAAUUUUCAACGUCUAUUUUUGGGCUACAUUUAGACCAAAUCAGACAAACUAAACUCAACAAGAUUUUCAAUGUCUAUUUUUGUGCUAAAUUUGGACCAAAUCGGAUAAACUAAACCCAAUUUUCAAUGUCUAGUGUUUGGCUAAAUUUGGACUAAAUCUGACAGACUAAACUCAACAAGAUUUUCAAUGUCUAUUUUUGUGCUAAAUUUGGACCAAAUCGGAUAAACUAAACCCAAUUUUCAAUGUCUAGUGUUUGGCUAAAUUUGGACUAAAUCUGACAGACUAAACUCUACCCAAUUUUCAACGUCUAUUUUUGGGCUACAUUUAGACCAAAUCAGACGAACUAAACUCAACCCAAUUUUCAAUGUCUAUUUUUGGGCUACAUUUGGACCAAAUCGGAUGAAUUCAACCCAAUUUUCAACGUCUAUUUUUGGGAUACAUUUGGACCAAAUCAGAUGGACUCAACUCAACCCAAUUUUCAAAGUCUAUUUUUGGGCUAAGUUUGGACCAAAUCGGAUAAACUCAACCCAAUUUUCAAAGUCUAUUUUUGGGCGAAAUUGAGACCAAAUCGGAUGGACUUAACUCAGCCUAAUUUUUAACGUCUAUUUUUGGGCUACAUUUGGACCAAAUCAGACUAACUAAACUCAACCCAAUUUUCAAUGUCUAUUUUUGGGCUAAAUUUGGACCAAAUCGGACGGACUAAACAAAGCCAAAUUUUCAACAUAUAUUUUUGUGCUAAAGUUGGACCUAAUCGGAUAAACUCAACGCAAUUUUUAACGUCUAUUUUUGGGCUACAUUUGGACCAAAUCAGAUGGACUAAACACUACCCAAAUUUUCAACGUCUAUUUUUGGGCUACAUUUAGACCAAAUCAGACAAACUAAACUCAACAAGAUUUUCAAUGUCUAUUUUUGUGCUAAAUUUGGACCAAAUCGGAUAAACUAAACCCAAUUUUCAAUGUCUAGUGUUUGGCUAAAUUUGGACUAAAUCUGACAGACUAAACUCUACCCAAUUUUCAACGUCUAUUUUUGGGCUACAUUUAGACCAAAUCAGACGAACUAAACUCAACCCAAUUUUCAAUGUCUAUUUUUGGGCUAAAUUUGGACCAAAUCGGACGGACUAAACAAAGCCAAAUUUUCAACAUAUAUUUUUGGGCUAAAGUUGGACCAAAUCGGAUAAACUCAACGCAAUUUUCAACGUCUAAUUUUGGGCUACAUUUGGACCAAAUUGGAUAAACUCAACACAAUUUUCAACGUCUAUUUUUGGCCUACAUUUGGACCAAAUCAGAUGGACUAAACACUACCCAAAUUUUCAACGUCUAUUUUUGGGCUACAUUUAGACCAAAUCAGACAAACUAAACUCAACAAGAUUUUCAAUGUCUAUUUUUGUGCUAAAUUUGGACCAAAUCGGAUAAACUAAACCCAAUUUUCAAUGUCUAGUGUUUGGCUAAAUUUGGACUAAAUCUGACAGACUAAACUCUACCCAAUUUUCAACGUCUAUUUUUGGGCUACAUUUAGACCAAAUCAGACGAACUAAACUCAACCCAAUUUUCAAUGUCUAUUUUUGGGCUAAAGUUGGACCAAAUCGGAUAAACUCAACGCAAUUUUCAACGUCUAAUUUUGGGCUACAUUUGGACCAAAUUGGAUAAACUCAACACAAUUUUCAACGUCUAUUUUUGGCCUACAUUUGGACCAAAUCAGAUGGACUAAACACUACCCAAAUUUUCAACGUCUAUUUUUGGGCUACAUUUAGACCAAAUCAGACAAACUAAACUCAACAAGAUUUUCAAUGUCUAUUUUUGUGCUAAAUUUGGACCAAAUCGGAUAAACUAAACCCAAUUUUCAAUGUCUAGUUUUUGGCUAAAUUUGGACUAAAUCUGACAGACUAAACUCUACCCAAUUUUCUACGUCUAUUUUUGGGCUACAUUGAGACCAAAUCAGACGACCUAAACUCAACCCAAUUUUCAAUGUCUAUUUUUGGGCUAAAUUUGGACCAAAUCGGACGGGCUAAACAAAGCCAAAUUUUCAACAUAUAUUUUUGUGCUAAAGUUGGACCAAAGCUGAUAAACUCAACGCAAUUUUCAACGUCUAAUUUUGGGCUACAUUUGGACCAAAUCGGAUAAACGCAACCCAAUUUUCAACGUCUAACUUUGGGAUAAAUUUAGACCACAUUGGAUGGACUAAACUCAACCCAAUUUUUGACGUCUAUUUUUGGGCCACAUUUGGACCAAAUCGGAUAAACUCAACCCAAUUUUCAGCCUUUGGGUUUUUGGCUAAAUUUGGCCCAAAUCGGAUAAACUCAAUCCAAUUUUCAACGUCUAUUUUUGGGCAAAAUUUGGACCAAAUCAGACGUACUCAACUCAACCCAAUUUUCAAAGUCUAUUUUUGGGCUAAAUUUGGUCCAAAUCAGAUGGACUAAACACAGCCCACUUUGACAAGUACAUGCACAAGGAGUAUGUGCAGUACUUCUAUGCUAGCAAAGUGCUCUUUGGGCCUGUAACGUGAAGGAAAUGUCCACUCGGGGCAGAAGAGAGCAACUAUGAAGGCUAUUUAGAGUCAGAUCAGCAACUCAGGGUACAUUUCAAUGUAGUAUACUUUUUGUUUAGGAGAAAUAGCUGCAGUAAAAGUAAAAGGACAUCAGAAACAUGCUAUUACUCAAUACAGGCACAGGAGAAACAAAUGGAAAACAAACAAUACAAUGCAGCAAGUCCAUUUCAAUACGUGAUGAUGUGUUUUUUUUUUACUAUUUUAUCUAUUAGUGUGUUUAUUAUCUUCAAAAUGAAAGUG